AGCGGCGAUAAAUCAAAAUCCUCCGACGAAAUUUCCCCCAAAAUCGUUAGGGUUUCCCCCUCUGCAAUCGCGUCGUCGUCGUCGUCUCCCUCCCACCCUUCUGCUCUCGCGAAGAAGAUCCCGCGCCGGAGGGAAAACGCCAUGGCGUCCGCCCGCAAGAUCGUCCUCAAGAGCUCGGACAAGGAGUCGUUCGAGGUGGAGGAGGCGGUGGCGCUGGAGUCCCAGACCAUCAAGCACAUGAUCGAGGACGAGUGCGCCGACGACGGCAUCCCCCUCCCCAACGUCACCAGCAAGAUCCUGUCCAAGGUCAUCGAGUACUGCCGGAAGCACGUCGACGCCGACCGCGCCCCCUCCGCCGACGACGACCUCAAGGCCUGGGACGCCGAGUUCGUCAAGGUCGACCAGGCCACCCUCUUCGACCUCAUCCUGGCAGCGAAUUAUCUGAACAUCAAGGGCUUGCUGGAUCUGACCUGCCAGACUGUGGCUGACAUGAUUAAGGGCAAGACACCUGAGGAGAUAAGGAAGACAUUCAACAUCAAGAACGACUUCACGCCCGAUGAAGAGGAAGAGGUUCGAAGGGAGAACCAAUGGGCCUUUGAGUGAAAAGAAGUGCUUAGUUGAAGCCAACUUUUUGCUGUGGCAUUAGUCAUUCUUCACUCGAGGAAACUGGGGUCGCUGUUUCUAACUCAAGAUCAAUCUUCUAACUUCUUGCUGGUGUUAUUGGACCUUGUUCUCUGUAUCAUAUAUGGUCUUACUUUUUACCUAGCACAUGUUUAUGAGAUGAUGGCUCUGUUUCUUGGUUGCUGCAAUGCAUUGAGGCCUCUUUUUCA